AUGGACGCAACCGCUCUUGCCAACUUCGAAAGCUAUGCUGGAAGUAUCAACGGCAACUGGAACGACUAUCGAGUUGCAUACCAGCUUGGCGUUGCUGCCACCUCAGUUGACGGCGCGGCGCCCCAGGACGCCGCACGCGCCGCCAGCGAGCUGGCCAGCAUAGACCCAGACGAAUUUCCACACGAGCCUCGAGACCGACGAUCUCACGGCUUUGCAGGGUCGUCAGAGAACGAGAUCGUGGGCCUCCUCCGGCAGCCGGUCGGCAAGUGGCGCAGCUCGCCCGCGACGGGCGCGCGCGCGAAGAUCACCUCCUUCUACACCGGCGAGGACGGCGCCACCACCGUCAAGCUCGCCGUCAUCGUCACGGAGGGGGACGACGAGGCAGCGAUCGAGAUGCCGAUACCCGAGUUCCUCUCCUCCUACCCCGCGGGCGCCGGCGCCGAGGGCGACGCUGCUGACGCCGGCGCCGGCGACGCCGAGCCGGCGUACGCCGCCCUCCGCGCGCUGCUCAACACCACGCGCGGUUUCUCCGCCUCCGACGUCGCCGACGAGGCCGGGGAGGAGGAGCUAGACGCUUUCCGAGCGGAGCUGUACAAGGCCAAGGAGCUGGGCGACCACGCCUCGUCCGCCGACCGCAAGGAGCGGCUCGUCGCGGCGGACGAGGCGCAGCUGCGCACGGGUGGUUCGGCACCCACCAUCAAGACGGCUGGCAUCCUGGCCAUGAGGUUCCUCAACAGCGUGGGAACCGCGGCCGCCGCCCCGGCACCGACCGCCACGGGGACGCAGGCGCAGGGCGGCCCGGCGCUCGAGCGCCAGCCCGCCGGCGUCGCUGAGCCCGCCUUCCUCCACUACGGCGCCGAGUGGAUCUCAAUGGAUUUGACUAGCCUCUCUGGUGUCUACACGGUGGACCUGGUGGCUACCUUCUUUACCGGCGCCGGCGGGCCAAACUCUCCGAUCCGGUCCCCGUCGACAUGGUCGUCUCAUCCUCAGACUAUGCGAAAACCGCUCCUGGCCGCAUUGGCAUCAAUAGCCCACAUGCCACCGGAGUAA